CUUAACUUCCUUGUGGUUAAAGUAAGUGACCAGUGAGCACUGUUCAGUGUUUCCAAGGCUUUUGCAGAAUGCAAUGUGCUUCUCCUGGUCAGGUUCCACCAAAAUCUCUGGCUAUAUUUAGGGGAGAUGUCCCUUUAAAUCAGUUCUCAUAUUCUGAAAAUAUUUUUUUCUGAAGAAGCCACCAGCAAUGCUGCAGGUAAGUCACUGAUGCCUGGUGGAAGUCACUGAUGGAAGCUGUGUCUGAGAGACGAAUGUACUUUUAUUCCUGCUCAGUAACGGUGUCUGCAUGCUGGAUUGUCCCAGUGUUGCCUGCAUUUAAAUGCUUGUAGGAUUGGAGCAGCAAAGCACCACUGCCUGCUCCUGUUCCUUUCCUGCCUCUCCGAGCAGAGUGUGAGCAGUCAGCAAGCAGGAGGAAGGAGGACGUCCCAAAUAUUUUCCUGGGAGUGGAUUGAGUUGGGCCUCAAUGGGAUGUCCUCAGUAGAAAUGCCAUGGUGCUACCCAUGUGGGAUUUGUUUGGCUGUGUGAUGUGAGGGCAUUCUGUUCUGAAGUAACAAAUGCCCUGGGUCCAGAGGUUCUUGCUGUGUUGUUCUGGCAGAGUGUUGCUGCCUGAAAGGGAAAGCAAGAGCUUGACUUGCAGCAUGCAUAUGGAAGAGUGAGGCUGGAAGAAUGGAGGUGUAUGAAGAAUACUUGGGAGGUGUGGAUGUGCUGUGUUUUUCAGCCUUCCUGAAGGGUUGUUCUGCUGGUCUGUGAUGGAUUUAAUCCAAACAAUGCAGACAAAAUUCUUUACAGCCUUUUAAUAUCAGAGAACCAAGCACACACAUCUUGGGCUUGUGGUUCUUAUGGCAGUGGAUUGUGUUCUGAUGUAGCAGAAGUGUCCUUUGCCUUGCUCUGUACUUUGCUGUGUCCGUUUCAAUGGUAAGGAGUGUGAUGUUCUUCCAGAAGAGGAGGUGAAGAUUCAUAGACUGGGACAAAAUGGGAAAGUUUGGAAUGAUCAGGUGGAAGGACAAGCACAUGUUCAUGCUUCAUGGCCAGAGUGGUGUAAACAUCUCAGAGUUUGGUAAUGGAAAAGCGAGCAGAAGCAACCAGGAUGAAAGUGAAAGAGAAGGGAAGGCAAGGAGGAGGCAGGAGAAAAAGGAAGACAAGAGAAGAAAAGUAGAAUAGAGAAAGCAAGGAAGGAAUCUAUGUGUGAGGAGAAAAAGUUGGAGAGAAGAGCUCACCUGGUUUUGUAGGAACAGGAAAGAUCAGGACAGAAAGAUGAGGAAGGAUGAGGAAAGAAGGAAAGAGAGGAGUGAAGUAAAGAGAAGGUAGAAGAAAGAGAAAGAACGUGGGAAAGGAUAAGGUAUAAAAAUGGAUAUAGAGAGACAAUGAAUGGCAGAAGAAAGAGAAGAAGUCAAGGAAGGAACUUACAGAGGUAAAAAGCGAGGAAGAUGAGAAAAGCAGGAAAGGAGAAAAGAUAGAGGACAUCAAAGGCAUUAACAAGAUGAUGUCGAAGGCUAUUGGUUCCCAAGAGAUACCGUCCUGAUUAGAGACCUAUGCUCGGCGCUAAGGCCCUGUAUUUAGCAGUGAUGUAUGCAACUUUGACGAUGUUCGAGUGGCGCCGGAGAGGACUGGGGAGCUGAGUAUGGAGGUAAAGAGACAGUAGUGGAAACCGAAAAGGGCAAAACGAGCGGAGGAAAGAAGAAAAGUAACAGGAAGGCAAAAAUACAGCAGGAAGAGAAAAGAUAAGCAAGCAGAAAGAAGUUGGGUGGAUAAUAAAAUGGACACAGAAGGAAGACAUUAGGAAAAAGAAAGGAAUAAUGUGAGAAAAAGGAAAAUGAGAGAGAUGAAGGAAAAGAAAGUGAAACGAAUGAAAGAAAGAAAUCUGUGGAGGCAGGAGAAUCGGUGAGCAGAGGAAGGAAGAGCAAGAAGGAGGAAAGGAAUCCAUGAAAAACAAAACAGAACAAGCAAACAAUUAAAAACAAAACGGAAUUUAAAAACAAACAUGAAGCGUAAGUGGAAGGGCAGGGAAGUGCUUAAGCGGAGGUGAGCCGCCUGAGCCGAAUGACGGUGUCCGUGGCGAGCAGCAUGCGAGACGGCGGAGCAGCACACGGUGUCGCUGCAGGCUCAGAAACGGCGACUGAACGGCUCGGCGGCUCCGCCCCGGUGCGGCGGAGAGCACAGCUGGGAGAGGCGCGGCGCGGGGGAGCGAGGCGGCGCCGGGCCGAGAAGGCAGCAGAGCCGGUGCUGGCGGAAAGCAACGGGGAGCCAUGCAGGGACCAUGGGUAACGAUGGGCGUGCGUUGGGGUGCCGCGGUUCGUCUGCUGAUGCUGAUGCGGACCUGGUCGCUGGUGGCGGGGCAGGUGCGGUACUCGGUGCCGGAGGAAGCCAAGGUCGGGACGGUGGUGGGGCGGCUGGCGCAGGAGCUGGGUGUGGGCGAUGCGGAGGCGCGGCGGCUGCGUGUGGUGUGGCAGGGCCGGCGGGCGGGCGUGGAGGUGAGCGGGGCGAGCGGGGCGCUGGUGGUGAGCUCGCGUGUGGACCGGGAGGAGCUGUGCGGGAAGAGCGCUCCCUGCUCGCUGCGCCUGGAGCUGCUGCAGGAGCGGCCGCUGCGCGUCUUCCAUGUGGAGCUGGAGGUGACCGACAUUAACGACAACGCCCCGCUCUUCCCCGCCGCGCGGAAAAACAUCAGCAUGGCGGAAUUAACCACGGUACCGGGCUCCCGUUUCCCUCUGGAGGGCGCCUCGGAUGCAGAUGUCGGAGCGAACGCGCAGCUCUCCUACACGCUCAGCCCCAGCGAGCACUUCAGAAUAGAGGAAGAAAACAGCGACUCGCGCAGUAAAUCCUUGUUUCUGGUGCUUACAAAACCUCUAGACCGGGAGGCGGCAUCUGUACACCGUUUGGUGUUGUCGGCUAGUGAUGAAGGCCGUCCGUCUCUGACGGGCACCAUGGAACUGCUGAUCUCUGUGCUGGACGCCAACGACAACGCUCCUCAGUUCAACCAGUCGGUUUACAAGGUACAUUUGCUUGAAGAUGCUUUAGAAGGGACACUUGUGGUACGUGUAAAUGCCACGGAUCCGGACUUGGGUAGCAACAGUGAAGUGGCUUACGAAAUCAAUAAUUUUGUUCCUACUUCGGCCUCAGACCUAUUUAGAAUUGAUGAGAGGAGCGGCGAGAUCAGACUGAAGGGAGCCCUGGACUUUGAAAUAGUUAAUUUCUACGAGCUACAAAUUAAGGCUAAGGAUAAGGGGACGCCUCCGCUCUCGGGGCAUUGCAAGGUGUUGUUGGAGGUGCUGGACGUGAACGACAACGCGCCCGAGGUGUGGGUGACGUCGCUGUCGGUGCCGGUGUCGGAGGACGCGUCGGUGGGGACGGUGGUGGCGCUGCUGAGCGUGUCGGACCGCGACUCGGGGGCGAACGGGCGAGUGCAGUGCUCGGUGUGGCCGUCGUGGCCGUUCGCUCUGGAGUCGAGGUUCCCGGGCUCGUUCUCGCUGGUGCUGCGGGAGGCGCUGGACCGGGAGCGGGUGCGGGAGUACGAGGUGGAGGUGCGUGCGGAGGACGGCGGGAAGCCGCCGCUGCGUGCGAGGCGCGUUGUGCGUGUGCCGGUGUGUGACGUGAACGACAACGCGCCGGCGUUCUCGCAGGCCGUGUACACGGUGCUGGUGCGGGAGAACAACGCGGCGGGCGCGGAGGUGGCGCGGGUGUGGGCGCGGGACCCGGACGAGGCGGAGAACGGUCGCGUGAGGUACUCGCUGUGGGAGGGCGGCGCUGGAGGUGCGUCGGUGGCGGCGGUGGGGUGGCGCCCGGCGUCGAGCUACGUGUCGGUGGAUGGGGAGAGCGGGCGCGUGUGGGCGGUGCAGGCGCUGGACUACGAGGAGCUGCAGGUGCUGCAGUUCGAGGUGCGCGCGGUGGACGCGGGGGAGCCUGCGCUGGUGGGCAACGCGACGGUGCAGCUGUUCGUGGUGGACGAGAACGACAACGCUCCGGUGCUGCUGCCGGCCGCGGGCGGUGCUCCGGGGCUCGAUCCGUUUCUCGGGUCGCCAGUAGAGGAGGUGCCGGGCCCGAACUCGGAGACGCUGUGGGCGUGGGCGGCGUGGGGCGCUGGGGCGGGUCAGGUGGUGGCGAAGAUCCGUGCAGUGGACGCGGACUCGGGCUACAACGCGUGGCUGCGCUACGAGGUGUUGGAGCCGCGGGGGAAGGGCCCGUUCCGCGUGGGUGUGUACAGCGGCGAGGUGAGCACGGCGCGGGCGCUGGAGGAGGCGGAUGGCCCGCGUCAGCGGCUGGUGAUCGUGGUGCGGGACCACGGCGAGCCGCCGCGCUCGGCCACGGCCACGCUGAGCGUGUCUCUGGUGGAAGGAGGCGAGAAGGCGCUGUCGGGGUCGUUGUCUUCAUCGGGGUCGGGUGUGCUGUUGCCGUCGGAGAGCGGCGCAGCGGCGGGCAUGGCCUCUGCGUCAACGAACAUGUGGCUGGUGGUGUCCAUCUGCGCGGUGUCGAGCGUGUUCGUGCUGGCGCUGGUGCUGUACGGGGCGUCGCGCUGUGCUCCGCGGGCGGCCGUGCUGUCGGGGCCCGCCGCGGCGACGCUGGUGUGCGCCAGCGAAGUGGGCAGCUGGUCGUACUCGCAGCGCCAGAGCCGGAGCCUGUGCGUGGCGGAUGGUGCGGGCAAGAGCGACCUGAUGGUUUUCAGCCCCAACUUGCCGCCGCCGCCACCGUCUGUCCCCGCAGCCAAGGACACCUCUCAGGUGGAGCCUCCGUCUCUGCUAGACACGCCAAAACACCCCAACCCCGACUGGCGCUACUCUGCCUCCCUGAGGGCAGGAAUGCAAAGUGCUGUGCAUGUGGAGGAGGCUGGAGUCCUGCGUGGAGGACCAGGAGGGCCUGAGCAGCAGUGGCCAACUGUCUCCAGUGCUACUACAGAACCCGAAGCAGGAGAGGUGUCCCCCCCAGUGGGAGCCGGUGUGAACAGCAACAGCUGGACCUUUAAAUUUGGACCCAGCAAUUCCAAACAAGGUGGUCCUGGUGAGUUGCCAGACAAAUUCAUUAUCCCAGGAUCUCCUGCAAUCAUCUCCAUCCGGCAGGAGGCACCCAGCAGCCAAAUUGACAAAAGUGACUUCAUAACCUUUGGCAAGAAGGAAGAGACCAAGAAAAAGAAGAAAAAGAAGAAGGCAAACAAGACUCAGGAGAAAAAAGAGAAGGGCAACAGCACCACUGAGAACAGUGACCAGUGAGGGGUGGAUGCUGGAAGCAGCCCCUUAGGCAGUUUUUGUAACCAUGGCAGAUUUCUCCUAUGUAGCAACUCCCAAAUUCUUCCUACUGUUAACCAAUUUCCUGUGGGUACAGACUUGAGGAAAGCAGCAGGAAAUUUCCAGUGUCUGUCUCAAUUGCUUAACAGGUUUUGUCUUUAGCAAACAAACAGAAAGCUUUAUUAAGUCUGGUGUUAACUCUUUUUCUCCACUCUGGCUUGUUUUCAGACUCUAAAAAGCAGACACAAGUUUCCUUUCUCCUACGCCGAAAAGGAGACUCUUCACAGUACAGCCAGUGAGAGGUUGGACUCUGCACUGUGGUUCCUCUGCUCCUGUCUUGAUGACACUUUGUAGGACAGGUCUCAAAGUCGUAAUGUUGUGCACCCCUCUAUCUGAUUGGAAAUCUUUAUGUGUGCAGAUGUCAGCUUAGGUGACCCUGAGGUCAGGUUCUAAAAUGCAGGGAGAGCUGUUCAAUGUGUAACUAAGGAACCCCCCCCCCCAACGAACACCAAAGCUCCAGGAUGUGCAGGCUGGGGGGCAGAGUCUGGAAGGAGAUGCCCAGGCUUGGGAAGUCACUGUGUGGAAAUACUGAGUCCUCUGUAUAUGACGUAUUUUGCACAGCUCUGCUAAAAGCCCCCUCAACACUUGCAGCUCUUUUUAAAGGCCCCACACAUUUUAUCUCUUAGCAAGCCAAGCCCCGGGGGGGAAACAAUGAAAUUAGCCCUGGAUUCAAGCCCUGAAUUGAAGCCCUGAGUUAAAGCUCUGAAUUGAAGCCCUGAAUUAAAGCCCUGAGUCGAAGCCCUGCAUUGAAGUCCUGCAUCAAAGCCCUGAAUUAAAGCUCUGAAUUGAAGCCCUGAAUUAAAGCCUUGCAUUGAAGCCCUGCAUUGAAGUUCUGAAUUAAAGCCCUGAAUUAAAACCCUGCAUUAAAAGCCUGCAUUGAAGCCCUGAAUUGAAGCUCUGAAUUAAAGCUUUGCAUUGAAGCCCUGAUUCAAAGCCCUGCAUUGAAGCCCUGAAUUGAAGCUCUGAAUUAAAGCCCUGCUUUAAAGCCCUGCAUUGAAGCCCUGAAGUAAAGCCCUGAAUUAAAACCCUGCAUUGAAGCCCUGAAUUGAAGCUCUGAAUUCAAACCCUGCAUUGAAGCCCUGAAGUGAAGCUCUGAAUUAAAGCUUUGCAUUGAAGCCCUGAUUCAAAGCCCUGCAUUGAAGCCCUGAAUUGAAGCUCUGAAUUAAAGCCCUGAAUCAAAGCCCUGCAUUAAAGCCCUGCAUUGAAGCCCUGAGUUGAAGCUCUGAAUUAAAGCCCUGAAUCAAAGCCCUGCAUUAAAGCCCUGCAUUGAAGCCCUGAGUUGAAGCUCUGAAUUAAAGCCCUGAAUCAAAGCCCUGCAUCAAAGCCCUGAAUUGAAGCCCUUAAUUAAAACUCUGCAUUAAAGCCCUGAAGUAAAGCUCUGAAUUGAAGCUCUGAAUUAAAACCCUGCAUUAAAGCCCUGAAGUAAAGCCCUGAAUUAAAACCCUGCAUUAAAUCUAUGCAUUGAAGCCCUGCAUUAAAGCCCUGCAUCGAAGCUCUGAAUUAAAGCCCUGAAGUAAAACCUUGCAUUGAAGCCCUGCAUUAAAGCCCUGAAUUGAAGCCCUGAAUUAAAACUCUGCAUUGAAGCCCUGAAGUAAAGCUCUGAAUUGAAGCUCUGAAUUAAAACCCUGCAUUGAAGCCCUGAAGUGAAGCUCUGAAUUAAAACCCUGCAUUGAAGCCCUGAAGUGAAGCUCUGAAUUAAAACCCUACAUUGAAGCCCUGAAGUGAAGCUCUGAAUUAAAACCCUGCAUUGAAGCCCUGAAGUAAAGCUCUGAAUUGAAGCUCUGAAUUAAAACCCUGCAUUAAAGCCCUGAAUUGAAGUCCUGCAUCAAAGCCCUGAAUUAAAGCUCUGAAUUGAAGCCUUGCACUGAAGCCCUGCAUUGAAGCCCUGCAUUGUAGUUCUGAAUUAAAGCCCUGAAUUAAAGCCCUGCAUUGAAGCCCUGAAGUAAAGCCCUGAAUUAAAACCCUGCAUUGAGGCCCUGAAGUGAAGCUCUGAAUUAAAACCCUGCAUUAAAGCCCUGAAUUAAAACCCAGCAUUGAAGCCCUACGUUGAAGCCCUACAUUGGAGCCCUGCAUUGAAGCCCUGCAUUGAAGCCCUGCAUUGAAGCCCUGCAUUGAAGCCCUGCGCCUAAGCCCUGCAUUGAAGCCCUGCGCCUAAGCCCUGCGUUGAAGCCCCCAGGGUAGGAAGGGAAGGGCUGGGCUGACAUCCCGGGAAUGCGACGUGACUGCGGUGCUCUGUGUCCCUGCUGCCACACUGCUAACAUGAUUUUGCACAUGAUGUCUCUGAAAAAAAGUCAGAGGUUGUUUUUUUUUUCACAACACUUAUGCAAAAGAGAGAGAGAGAGAGAAAAAAAAGACCCCAACCCCCCCCCCCACAGCCCCCCUUGAACUAUGCUAUUUGUUAUUGGAGAUGUUUAUUUAUAAAGAAAUAUAGCUGUAAAUGGUAAAGAAAUAGGAUGCCCUUUGAGCCCAAACAGAAGUCAGUCUGGAGCCAUUCGAGGCCUACAAUUGCUGCUACUAAAGUGCUUUAGAGAAAACGAACAGACCAACCAACAAACCUGCCUGGACCACCUGUGCUCAGCUACGGCGCUGCUCUGUCGGGUGAUUGGGGCUGCCUCUUGCAUGUAUCAAUAAAGACAACAAUAUCUCUUUUGAGUUCCCUUCCCUCUCCCUCUCCCUCUCCCUCUCCCUUUCCCCUCCUUCUCCUCUCCCCUCCCCUAUCCCAUCCCCUCCCCUUUCCCUCUCCUCUCCUCUUCCCUCCCCUCCCCUCUCCUCUCCCGUCCCCUUCCCACUCCCCUCCCUUCCCCUCCCCUCUCC